AUGUCAAUCGACCUCGAAGACACUGGGACAUUCACUCUACGCGUCGAACACGAUCCGCAUGAGAAAGACGUUGCCAAAGACGACGGCGACCCGGAAGCCCUCGCAACGUUUGACAGUCCAUUCGAUCUCCCAGUAUGGCGCAAAUGGGUCAUAACCACUCUUUUGGCGUUGAUGACCACGGCCGUCACGUUUGCCAGCUCGGUGUGGUCUUCAGCCAUCGCCGUCACAUCCAAGGAAUUUCAUGUCAGUGAAACAGUGUCCCUCUUGGGCGUGUCGCUUUAUGUCUUGGGAUUUGCCGUGGGUCCUAUUGUUUGGGGACCCUUGUCAGAAUUCAAAGGACGUCGAUUGCCACUCUUCUCAGCCUUCUUCGUGUGGACACUCCUUCAAAUACCGGUCGGAGUGGUCAACAACCUCCCUGCACUGCUAGUAUGUCGCUUGUUAGCCGGCUGCUUCGGAGCCUCGCCACAGGUCCUGGUUGGUGCAACCUACGCGGACUUUUGGGAACCCGCGGAGCGUGGUGUCGCAACCGCAGUCUACUCGGUGGCUGUCUACGUAGGUCCUACUCUGGGGCCUAUAUUUGGCGCCCUUCUCACCGAAAGCAGUCUUGGUUGGCACUGGACAGGCUGGGUUUCUCUCAUUCUCGGCGUCGUCGUGGGAGUCCCUGCAUUCCUCUUCGUCCCUGAGACAUACGGGCCAACUCUCCAACAAAGAGCAAACAAGAAACUCAAACUGGCACAGGACUCGUCAACACUGAGUAGACAGAUCAGCAAGCCAGCUCCAGCCUUUUCCGAGUUCGUCCAAAAGUACAUGUUCAAGCCGGCAAUCAUGUUCUGCGUCGAGCCGAUGCUCAUGGUCAUGGCGUUGUACAUUGCCAUCGUCUAUGGGAUUCUCUAUCUGACCUUCUUCGCUUUUCCCUACAGCUUCGUCCAGGGUCGAGGUUGGGAUUCUCGUACCGGGUCCCUCCCGUUUUUGAGCAUUCUGACGAGUGUGGUGGUAUGCUCGCUUGGAGUGGCGGUGUAUUCGAAACGAUACUAUCGUCCCAGGCUGCUGGCUCGUGGCUCGGUUCUGCCCGAGGACCGCUUACCGUUGGUCAUGCUCGGUAGCCUGAUUCUCCCAGUCGGCCUUUUCUUCUUCGCCUGGACUUCGUCACGCCACAUCUCCCCCGUGCCACAAAUCAUCGCAGGGUUUUUCAUUGGGAGUGGCAUCAUGCUCAUUUUCACCAACGCCGUGGCAUAUCUCGUGGACAUCUACCUCCAGUCCGCCGCCAGUGCGAUGGCGGCAAGCACGAUUGUGAGGAGCUUGGUUGCCGCUGGCUUCCCUUUGGCGGCACCACGCAUGUAUAAAUCUUUGGGUACGCCAUGGGCGACGAGCGUCCUCGGCUUUCUGUGCGUGCUGGCGAUCCCGGCUCCAUUCCUCUUCUACAGAUACGGGCGGAAGCUGCGGCAGAUGUCGCGGUUUGCUCCGAUGCCAGAAUAG